GGGAGCUCCGUGCCCGGCCAUGGAGCUCUGGCAGGUGCCGCUGAGCUUCUCCCGCCUCCGCAUGUUCCCUUUCUUCGACCUGGCGCAUUAUGUCGCCUCCGUGGUGGCGCUGAAGGAGCAGCGGGGUGAUUUGAGAAAUAAUUUCUUCAGCAUAAUUUAGCUCUGUUAAGUCUGACUCUACAAAUCCCUUAUCUUAACUAAUGAUAUUCUGUGUGGUUGAACGGGGUGCUGGAAGAAACUUGUGCAAACCCACCUGGUUUCCUCACUGGAUGUGUGUUUAGUCUGCAUUACUGCUUAUUUGGAACAUGCAGAAAAAAAAUAAAGCAAAUAUAAUCCUAUUGACAGAAAUAGUUGGAGUUGUGGAAGUGUCGGUCCGAAGUCCCUUGGCGUGCUGGUUUAGUGCAAUGCUUUAUUGCUUUGGGGGCUCAGUUUUGUCUUCGUUGAUGCUUGGUGAACCUCCAGUAGCAUUUCUGGCAAAGACCAUAAAUAUUCUACUGGCAUCCUCAGUCUGGUACCUAGUGUUUUACUGCCCAGAAGACCUAUUCUGCCGCUGCUUUUCCUUUCUGCCUCUUCGUCUUCUGGUGGCAGGAAUGAAAGAAGUGACAAGGACUUGGAAGAUCACAGAUGGCAUUGCACAUGCAGACACUGUCUACAAAGAUGCCUGCCUUGUCAUGGUGGCUGUGGGCUGGGCCAGAGGUGCUGGUGGUGGCUUAAUUUCCAACUUUGAGCAGCUGGUGAGAGGAGUGUGGAAACCUGAAACCAAUGAGCUCCUGCAGAUGUCCUACCCUGUGAAGGUAACUUUGAUAGGAGCAGUUCUUUUCACCCUGCAACGCAGACAGUACUUGCCAAUAGCAAAACACAACCUUGUGUUUUUUUACACCAUCUUUCUUGUUGUCUUCAAGGUAAAAAUGAUGUUGACAAGAUGUGCAACUUCUCCACUUGCUCCCAUUGAGGCUGCAGUGGGCCAAAUGUUUUUUGGCUCACUAAAGACACCUUCCAAAGUGAAGGGUGAAAGUGCCACAUCUUCCAACGGCUCUUCAGUCUGUGACCAGCCUUCUGAGCAGCACCAUGACAGUGCUAAGGAAAAACAAGCAAAGAAAACAGAAUAAGUGACUUGAAAUCCUUGUGAUGGUCAUGAAGAUGUGUGUCUUCCAGAUUAGGCUGGCUGAGAAGCUUCUCUGAGGAAAGGAAAACAGGGCUGUGUUGUGCUUUGCCUUUUUGGGAUGUGUUAUGUAAGUUGUGUGUAAAUGCACAUGUUGGAUUUGUGAGUUAAAACUAUGAAUUUUUAUAGUGGUUAAAAGUUUACUAAUUUUUGUACUUACGACAACUUCAGAUACUUAUAUGUUAAAAAGAUAUUUUCACAAAUGUGACAAUCACAUUUUUUUUCCUACAGUAUCACUUUCAUGUCUUCCUAUCCCCCAGUUCUUAUGUGUCAUUUUGAUAACACUGAUUUGUACUGUCAGGUGUUCACUGUAGCACGUCCCAAAUAAGAAAGUCAUUAAGUAAGGCUUAAUCACAUUGCACUCUGUAAAAUCAUAAAAAUGUACCGAUUUAAUGCCUUUAACUAGAAAAGUAACUGAAAUAUUGUUGUAAUUCACAUUGCAUUGGUCUAGAUUUUCUUCGUUUCUUAAAGUAAAUAUUUUAAAAUAUUUUUAAGUGUUUUAAAAUGAAAGUACAUUAUCUGGCACUUUAACAAAUCUUAGUUAGUUAGCAAGUAGAAACACAUCAGUAUUUUUGUUGUUGGCUUGCUUGGACUCUUUUAUUUGCAAACAUUUGAGAUGUAGGUGUUUUUUGCCACACUAGUGUUUUACAAGUGGUUUGUAGUUAUCUUGUGUUUCAUUUGCGUCUAGACAUCUUUGCCUGCAUUUUUUUCCCAAGCAUAUGCACUUAUUUCUUUUCAAGGACAAACUCCAUUAGGAAGAAUACUGGACAGUACAUUUGCCUUGUUUAGUCAGCACCCUGAGCUGCAGCACAGGGAUGGGAGCAGAGUGUUACCCCCAUAAUCCAUGAGGGAAUGGUCAGUGAGCUGCUAGAACACCCGGACACUCCCAAGUCGUGGGAUGGGAUCCAGCCAGGGGUGCUGAGGGAGCUGGCAGAGAGCUCGCUGGGCCACUUCCAAUCAUUUACCAGCAGUCCAGGCAAACUGGGGAGUUCCCAGUUAACUGGAGGUGGCAAAUGUGACAUGCGUCUGCAGGAAUGGUCAGGAGGAGGAUCCAGGGAAUUACAGGCCUGUCAUGUCCCCUCAGUGCCAGGGAGGCCAUGGAGCAGGACACCUUGAGAACCAUCAGGAGCAGGACUAGCAGGAGAUCAGGCCUGGCCUCUCUGGGUUGAGGAGAGGCAGGUCCUGCCUGACACACCUGAUCUCCUCCUGGGCCACGGUGACCUGCUCAGGGCUGAGGGAAAGGCUGUGGAUGUGUCUGCCCGGACUGCACAGAGCCUUUGACACUUCUCCCACAGCAUCUCCUGGAGGACCUGGCUGCUCAUGGACAGGGCCCUGUGCUCCGGGGCAGGAACGGGCUGAGGGCAGGGUGGGACAUGGAGGGACACCCAGCUGGGCUGGCACCAGGGCGUUCCCAUGGGAUGAGGGCUGGGGCCAGGCCUGUGCGGCAUCCUCAGCAAAGGCUGCACGAGGGGAUCGAGGGCCCCUCAGUCGGUUCCUGACAGCACCAGGCUGGGGGGGAUGUGGAUCUGCUGGAGGGCAGCAGGGCUCUGCAGAGGCUCUGCACAGGCUGGAUCCAUGGGAUGAGGGACAGCCAGGGGAAGUGCUGGGUCCUGCCCUCGGAUCACAACAACCCCUGCAGCUCCGGGAUGGGGGAAAGGGGCUGGGACAGGCCCUGGGGGGCUGUGGCAGCAGCCGGACAGAGCCCAGGGGUGCCCAGGCGGCCAAGAGCCGAUGGCCCCUGGGCUGUGCCAGCCGUGGGUGGCAGUGGGAGCGGGGCAGUGCCCGGCCCUGUGCUGGCCCUGCUGAGGCCACAGCUCCAGUGCUGGGUCACCUCUGGGCCCUCACACGGGGAAUGGAGGGGCUGGAGCGUGGCCAGGGAAGGGAACGGAGCUGGGAAGGGAAUGGAGCCCCGGGAGAGGCUG